AUGGCACCCCGAUCGAUUGUGAAUUUCAACCAUGUCGCCAUUUCCGUGCCGGACGCAAAGGCCGCGGUUGAGUGGUACACCGGCCUUUUUGACUUCAAGGAGAUUGUACCUCUGAAUGAGAUGAGGAGUGACGCAGACAGAGGAGUCUACGGGUCCGAGUUCAAGUCGAUGAAAUUGGCCAUUCUCGCAUGUGGGAAUGGAGUCGGGUUGGAGAUUUUUGAAUUCACCGACCCCAAGUACAACGGUCCGACUGAGCGCGUCAACUGGAAUCCGGACACCUACACCCGGGGCGGGUUUUUCCACAUCUGCCUCACCGUGGCAGACGUGGAGGCCACCAUGAAGGAAGCCGUCGAGAGGGGAGCCAGAGUCGUGGGACGGAACGUCACUCUUGUGGAGGACGAGAAGGCAGUCUACCUUCAGGACCCGUGGGGGAAUGUAGUAGAGCUACUGAGCUGCUCGUGCGAACAGCUAUUCCUCAAAUUUGGCAGAACAUCCUGA